AUCACCUUCAGAGAAGACACUUGACAAGACAACACAGACGUCACAGAAGUCAACACAUUCACUUCACAGAAGACGAGAUGGAAAGUCCAAUGAAUUUUUACCUUAGCACAUUGGAGGAGCAGGCACGGUGUGAACUCAGUGACAACGAGGCCACACUCACCCAGAGCUCAACCGAGGGGAGAGUCCUCCUGGACGUCCAGGAGGACAUCCUGGCAAAUAUUCUGGAUCUGCUCCAAGAAAAGAGGGAGAGUGUCGACUGGAGCCAAGAGAAACAAAAGCUACUGAAGGAGAUUUGUGGUCUGAGAGCACAGCAGCAGCAUUUGUCUCCGGCUCAAAGUCACCAACAGGAGACACUCACCACCAUCAGCAACCUACACAGCCAACUGGAGCUGAUGAAGAAAGAGAAGGAAGCCCUAGUUAGGGAAUUGGACACAACGAGGUCGCAGCUCCGCACCAACGCGAGGUCACCCGCAGAGGCCCGUACCAACAAUAAGUUGGAGAACCAACUGAGAUGUGAGAUUGUUAAAGCUCAAAAACACCUUGAGCACCAGGCCCGCAUCAUCAGACUUCUCCAGCACAGAUCGGCGCAAGCGGAACAACAAAAAUGCGCUCUUCUGAGACAGUUGGAGGCAGCGAAGUUGGAUAUGGACCACAUACUGCAGUUUUGUGCACUCAGCACCAACCUGGAGCUUGAGCUGGAGAGCGUCCUGAAGGCAGAGCAACUGCAAGCUCAGAAAAAUCAUGAGCAGCAGUCCUCCCUCCUCAAGCGCCUUCAAGAUCGCUUGAAGCAGAUGGAGGAUGAAAAAGAGGCCUCUCAAGCACAGUUGGGAAAGGACAAAAAAUACAAGAACCAACUUGCGAUUGCUCUGAAGAGGGCUCAGGAGGAGCACAAGACCAAAGAGCUCCAGUGGCAGGAGGAGAAGUCCACCCUCACUGCCCAGCUGCACAGACUGCAGGCACAUUUGGCCGAGCCAAACCUGCAAGAAACCAACAGAAACUGUCUCGCAGCUCAAAAGUUAAAGUUCGAUCUCAAGCUGCAGAAAGAACAUCAAGAAUGGGAAAAGGAGAGGACCGCCCUGCAGCAGGAAAAUGACAACCUCACUGCUGCUCUAAAGAAUGCAAAAGACCGGUUGAAAAAACACCGCAACACGUGGCAGGAGGAGUGGUCCACCCUCACUUCCAGGAUUGACAAGCUGCAGGAGAGCCACGAGGCCCAGCUAAAGCUGCAAGAAACCAACAGAAACAACUAUCUUGCAGCUCAGAAGAUAAAGUUCGAUCUCAAACUACAGGAGGAGCAACAAGGAUGGGACAAGGAGAGGACCGCCCUGCAACAGAAAAACGAUAACCUCGCUGCUGAUCUACAGAAUGCAGAAGACGAGUUGCAAAAACAGUGCAACAUGUGGCAGGAGGAGCUGUCCACCCUCACUUCCAGGAUUGACGAGCUGCAGGAGAGCCACGAGGCCCAGCUAAAGCUGCAAGAGGACAGCAACAAGAACUUUGUCUCUGUCCUCAAGAAAACGUUCGAGGACCAGCUGCAGAACGACUACCAGAGAUGGCAUAAAGAGAGGAUUUCCCUGCUGCAGGAGACUGAGAAGGCUAGAGUUUCUUAUGAAGCUCAGCUGAAAGACAAGCAGCAGGACAACAACGCCCUCAGCGCCACUCUGAAGAAUGCACAAGAAGAGCUGCAAAGUAACAGCGACUUGUGGCAGGAGGAGCGGUCCACCCUGACUUCCCAGCUGGACAGAUUGAGGGAAACUCAUCUCGUCCAGCUGCAGACAUUGGACAAUGACCACAAGAACCUGGCAACUGCUCAAAGGACGACGUUUGAUGAUCAGCUGCGGAGCGACCGUCUCCUUUGGCAGCAGGAGAAGAACUCCCUGCGGCACGAGAUGGAGCAAGCAGGAGCCGCCCACGAGGCUCAGCUGAGAAAUCAACAAGAGGACAACAGCACCCUGACGGCCGCUCUGACGAAGGCAGAGUCGGAGUUGCAGAGGCACACUAACAUGUGGCAGGAGGAGAAAGCAUCGCUCCUCCAGGCCACCGAAAGCCUCAGAGUGACUCUGCUUGAAAAGGAGCAGGCCGAGGCCUCCCUCACGUCCCAGCUGGAGGACCUACAGAGCCAGGUUGACAAGAAGAAGAAGAAGAGAAAGUGGUACAAGCUCUUCUGAUUCUUGGCUCAAGACAAAGACAAAGUACCAAAAAAGACAUCACGCAUUAAUUCUUGUAUAGCUGUGUGGAUUAAUCGUCCACUCGGAAAGUGAUUUUCCGCUGUAAAAAAUUGGUCCUCACAGCUAUAUGAUAACUAAUGCAAGUGCAUCAGUUCUUCUGAACUUGUAAGGAUUGCUCUUGACCCCCAGGAAGUGAAUUUUUGGGGGUCAAGACUCAAUUUCACACUCGGAAAGUAAAUUUCUGAUGUAAAAUUGGUCCUCACAAGUAAAUAAGAACUAAUGCACACCCAGCCGUCCGUGGAGAGGGGAUCUCUCUUUGAAUUGCCUCCCCCGAGGUUUCUUCCCAUGUCCAUCUGCCUGUCCUGAUGUUCAUGGGGAGU